AUGUUCAAGUCAAAUGAUUUUUUACGGAAACAGACAGCACUUAAGGGUGAGAGGAAAAUAUCUGUUCUCGUUGGCAUUGUUAUUCUCUUAGCGGUUCAUGUGGUUGGGUUUUACUGGUGGUACUGGAGUGAUGAUCUUCUAUAUCCAUUGGUGAUACUUCCACCAAAGCCUAUACCACCUUUCUGGCAUGCUAUAUUCAUUAUCAUGUUGAACGAUACACUGGUCCGUCAGGCUGCAAUGAUCUUCAAGUGCUUUCUAUUGUUGUAUUACAAGAACAGCAGAGGCCAAAACUAUCGUAGGCAGGGUCAAAUGCUGACUUUGGUUGAGUACCUACUGCUGCUUUACCGUGCUUUGCUGCCAGCUCCUGUAUGGUAUCGUUUCUUUUUGAAUAAAGAAUAUGGAAGCCUUUUCUCAUCACUGAUGACGGGGUUAUACUUGACUUUCAAACUCACCUCGAUUGUUGAGAAGGUUCAAUCUUUCUUUGCUGCCUUGAAAGCAUUAUCAUGUAAAGAUAUCCAUUAUGGAGCUUAUGCAACAUCUGAACAGGGGAUUUGUGUGCCAUUUGCCAGGAAAAUAUGCACGCUCCAAUCUUCUUGUGCUGUAAACACAUAUUUUGUGAGGAUUGUGCGUCUGAAUGGUUAG